GGUGUCAUCAAUCAAAGCAGACAUCGUUGCUGUGGUAAAAACGGCAGCUAAAUCUAUCGAAGUCGAGACGAUCUCAGGACAACUGGUAGUGACGCGAGUAAAUGCUUCCGCGAAUCAUGAUAUCCAUCCUGGUGAUACGAUAACCCACGUCAAUGGUAAAGCUGCUUUGCAUCAGUCGGCAAUUUCCGGGCUUAGCGGGCGCAUAACCCUCACACUCGUUCCGGCAGCCAUACAUGGAGCUCCAUCGGUGUUCUAUCGAGUCAAUAGUGAUUAUAAUUCGGACGCAGAUGAUACGAGGAUCUGUCGAUGGCUGUCUAUAGAUGUCAAAAAGGGAGAUGUAGUACAAAUUAUGAGCCAAGAUGACAACUGGCUGCAGGCCCGAAAAGUGAAUGAUCUAUCAAGAGUAGGUUACCUGCCAGCGUCUUUGUCCAAAGAAAAGGUAGCAAUGUUAUGUCCUUUCGGUCGAAGAGUGCUUGUCCUUCUUGGAGCCGUAGGUGUAGGACGACGAACAUUGAAGUCCAUGCUUCUUAGAGCAGCCCCACAGUAUUUCGCUACUGUUGUUCCUAUGACCUCUCGAGCGCCUCGUCCGGGCGAACAAGAAGGUCGCGAAUACCAUUUUGUGACCAAAGAAGAGAUGCUCAAGAAGAUACGCAAUGGCGGAAUGAUUGAAUGGGGAGAACUUGACAACCAGUUAUAUGGCACAGAUGCGGACGCCGUCCGUGAUGUAGUACGAAGUGGACGGAUGUGCGUGCUGGACUGUGCACCUCAGGCACUUUCGCAUCUUUACAAUGCAGAAUUUAUGCCGUUUGUCGUUCACAUCGUCCCACCACAACUAGAAGAAUUUUUACAAUUAGAAAAUUUGCGACAAAAUAAGCGGCCAGUCGAUCAACUGAGCAAGGUAUGUGCCGAAAGUGAUCAAAUCGCUAAUGGUCCCCAUGCGGAUCAGAUUCACCUCACCCUAAUGAAUCGGAAUAUGGAUGUUACCUUCAAAAGACUUCUUUCUACUGCAUUUUCCGUUUCCUCUUGCAGGUUGACCGAUGCUUUGGAGCUACUACGAAACGAUACCCAAUGGGUACCAGAAAGCUGGAUGUCAUAA